UUACAAGGUUGGCUAUUGAAUCAUUUGAAUGGCGAGUUCUUUUGCUCCCUCUCCUCUAUCAACAUACUAAUAUGCUGAUACAACUGCAUAAAAAUAUACAACUCUACUCAUCAAAUACCCUCAAAUCCUCUCUUCAAUGGAGGUCACCGGAGAAUCACCCACCCAAGUUCAAACCUUGUCACAAUCCAAAAUCCUCCCACCAGAAUACAUCCAACCACCAGAACUCCGCCCAACCAACCACCACAAACCACCAUCUUCCACCACCCCCACAAUCCCUCUCAUCGACCUUUCUCUCUCCUCCCAAACUCUCCUUCCUCAAUUAUCCUCUGCUUGCCGUAACUGGGGUGCUUUCAAUCUAAUCAAUCAUGGCGUCCCCAAUACCCUCCUUGAUCAAAUGCGCACUGUUGGAUCAUCCUUCUUUGAGGAUCUAGAUGUUUCUGAGAAGCUUAAGUAUGGUUGUGAUCAGGGUUCUGCUGCUUCUGAAGGGUAUGGAAGUCGGAUGCUUGUUAGUGAGAAGGAUGAUACUGUUUUGGAUUGGAGGGAUUAUUUUGAUCAUCAUACUUUUCCUCUUUCUAGGAGGGAUCCUUCUCGUUGGCCCAUUCAUCCUCCUAAUUAUAGAAAUGUGGUGGAAGAAUACAGUGAACAGAUGAAAUUGCUUGCUCAGAAGCUCAUGGCUCUGAUCUCCGAAAGUCUUGGUCUACCAUCUUCAUGUAUUGAAGAUGCUGUGGGCGAGUUCUACCAGAAUAUUACUGUCAGCUAUUACCCACCUUGCCCUCAGCCAGAGCUCACGCUAGGACUGCAGGCUCAUUCUGAUAUGGGUGCUGUAACUUUACUUAUCCAGGAUGAUGUUGGUGGCCUGGAAGUCUUCAAAGAUGGAGAAUGGGUCAUUGUACAACCGUUAUCUGAUGCCAUUGUUGUGAUCCUAGCAGAUCAAACCGAGGUCAUUACUAAUGGAGAGUACAAGAGUUCUGUACAUCGAGCAGUGACCAAUUCAAAUAGAGCACGGUUGUCAGUGGCCACCUUUCAUGACCCUGCCAAAACAAGAAGAAUAUCCCCCGCUCCAGAGCUUGUGGCAAAGUCUGGACCUCGGUACAAGGAAGUUCUGUAUGGAGAUUUUGUUAAAUCAUGGUACACCAAAGGCCCUGAAGGCAAACGGAACCUUGAUGCACUUUUACUGUAAUAUUCUCAUUACAAUGUUUAUUGUUUGUAAAACUUUAGAUAGCCUUGAAAAUUCUCAUUAAAUUGUAGGAAUUAUUUACACUAAAUGCUCAUUUUCGUGUAUAUUGACAAGAUUCUUAGGAAAUGAAGAAUUUGCACCGCUGACUCUGAACAUCAAAA